AUGCACCAACACCCUGCCUACGCAUACGCUCCACAGCUUGCACCACCGACACAACGAUACUCAGGGACAAGUAGCGCUUUCAGUGCCAGUGCCAAUCCCAAUGAAGAUUGGACUAAGAUCUCAGACCUCGCUGAAAGAAGACGAAUUCAAAACCGAAUUGCUCAACGGAACUACCGAAAGAAGCUGAAGAAGCGCCUGGAAGACCUGGAGAGGCGAGCUGCUUCCAAUUCCGCGUCUCCGGAACAGUCACACGCCGAACUCGACAUGUCGAACUCCCAACAAGGCGAUGAUUCCUACCAACGACUUUCCACUUCGCCCCUCCUAGGUUCCGAUCAGCUACGGCAAACUCCCGAGCUAAGCCAUCAGUAUUUGUCGUCGGCCAGUGAUGAUGGCAGCAUGUUCUCGCAUCAAUACUCGCGUCAAAUUUCAACCUCGCCUCCACCCUUCUCGUAUUCCCCGGGCCACAGUGGCUACCCAGCAUCAACAUACCCGGUGACCACUUACACCGUUGAGUCGCUGCCAUAUACUUCUUACUCCACCUAUCCCGCCAUCGCAACCAGCGGAAGCGAAGUGCCCCUCUUCGCCCCGUACCUUGGAGGCGUCACCUACGCGUCGUCACUCCCAGCAAUGUGCUUCUCCACCCCGCCAAAGCACGAUCUAUACCCCGAAGAGGAAAUCAAUCCAUUCAGCAUGAGCUAUGCUUCUCUUGCCGGCAUCGACAUCUCUACUGCACAUGCAUAUCAAGGAUCAAAUCCGCAGGUAAGGCCUCCCAUUCAGCCCCAUCUUGGGGUCGGCGCGUUGCCACGCGAUCUGUACUGCGGGAUGCUAACUGCCAUGAUAGACGCCACCUUUGUCGGAUUCCUUCAACCCUUCCAACUCUGGUUCUCCUCCAGAAUCUUCGUCCGCCUUCCCCGCUACUCCGGCAUCCAUGCCGAGCACCCCGGCAAUCCACCUCUAUUAAAAGCCUCUUUUGGCAUCUGUCUAGCAUCUGUCCUGCGAACGGGACGUGCUUUGACAGUGUAUCAUACCACACCACGUUCGCUUUAUCUUGGUCGUGUCCACUACGACUGA